GCUGAUGUGGUUUUCUGGUCUCUGUGCAUUUGAUUUGCAUGUGUUUCCUUGUUGUCUUACCUUGAAGGGAGGCAACAUUCAAAAGCUAGAUCAAGAAGAAAACUCUACUGAGUCAAAGAUGGUCUGUACAGGAGCAUCAGUGGAGGCAGACACCACUUCCGGGGCUGUCAUACAAGUCUAGAAGAGAGACGACUGUGGCUAAGAUUAGAGGAAUACUGGUGUAGCAGCUGGAGUCAAGAUACAUUUUGAUUGCAGAGCUCAUAAAACUUACUGGUGGAUUGAAUGCAAGGUGCGAAAGAAAACGAAGAACAAAGGACCAGAGGUGCACCCCAAAUCUAUAAAACAGCCAUUAAAAACACUGCUGAAGGCCAAAGAUUUGUUGAACCAGCUAACUGGACAUUUUACAAUGGAUUGGCAAGACAAAGUUUGCAGAUGCCACCUAUUGAGGCAGCGACAACAUUCACGUUUAAGCCCGGAGGCUUCCCACUGCAGCCGGCGCCCUAAGGUCAGUGCCCAGGAAGCCAUGGCGAAGUCCAGGGGCCGCCUCUACCUUUGGAUGUGCUUGGCUGCAGCGCUGGCAUCUUUCCUGGCGGGAUUCAUGGUGGGCUGGUUCAUUAAACCAAUCAAAGAAACAGCCACUUCACUGCGCUAUCAUCAGAGUAUACGGUGGAAACUGGUAUCCGAGAUGAAAGCUGAAAAUAUUAAAUCAUUUCUUCGUUCUUUUACAAAGCUUCCUCAUCUGGCAGGAACAGAACAAAAUUUACUGCUUGCCAAGAAAAUCCAAACCCAGUGGAAGAAAUUUGGACUGGAUUCAGCCAAGUUGGUUCAUUAUGAUGUUCUCCUAUCUUACCCUAAUGAGACAAAUGCCAACUAUAUAUCAGUCAUGGAUGAACAUGGAGUUGAGGUGGUGUAGAAUUGUUGAUACUUUUUGUACUUUAUAACUCCAUUUUUUGUGUGUGAAUUAGAAUUUAGGGUCAAGUAAAAGUAGAAAUUUGUUAAUAGUGCAAUGGAAUUCAUAGUUCUUAGAAAAGUUAAUAAGUUGCAAAUUAAUUAAUCAGUGUCUACUAUGAGUUAGACACAGUGUUAGGUCCUGAGGUCAGAAUG